AUGCUGCUGGUCACCCAUGCGAGUCCGCCAGAUGCUGGCUGCUGCCUGUCCAUCCAUCCAACAUCUAUAGCCGCAUGGUUAAUAUGCCUAAUCACUGCUGGAUGCAACCGCUCACCCUUGCAUGUCCUUCCCUGGUACGGCUAUUCCGCUUACCCCCCUACUACUGCAAUACCAGAAGUUGGAGCGGAACCAGGGGAAGUGCAACCUGGCGAGCAGGAGGAGGUGGUCGGCACCAGGCCGACCGUGGUGACGCAUCUGGAACAGGCUGCUGUGGUCAUUACCCUAGGCACGCGGCCACAACCCAACCUGGAGCUGCGUGUGCGGUUAGUGGACCCCGGUGCUGAUGCUGAGGCUGGCGACAGCAGCAACAGUCCCACAGCAGGUGCCGUCACGGGUGUCGUACCCCUGCACUCGAAGGAGGAGGAGGUCAGCGGCAGUGGCAGCGGCAGUGCGGGUGGUGCUCCUCCCUGUACUGGUAGCAAUGUGGUGGAGCUGUCCUCGGUGGUACGCGGCAAGGGCACCUUUGGUCGAGUGGUGGAAGGUACUUACCGGGGACAGCGAGUGUCUGUGAAGCUUCUGGCCAGCAACGGGCCCUGGGGUUGCCCCAUCGAGGCCUUUGCCUCCAGCUUUGCGCAGGAAGUGCAGGUGCUGAGCCGCUGUUAUCACCCAAAUGUUGUGCGAUUGCUGGCGGCCUGUGUGGAGUCGCCGCGGCUAUGUUUGGUUCUGGAGCUUAUGGAGACUUCUCUGGAUUGCCUUAUGUACGGAGACCCGACAGCCCCGCCAAUGCCGCUGCCGAAGGCAAGCUAG